AUGUCACUGUCCAAUGGAACUAAACUUCCAAACCCAUUUGAUCUCAAUGACUCUCACAUCCUGGAUAAACUUUAUCUGACCCACCUCCAUGAUGAUGACAAAUGUGAUAAACAAAUCCUUUUCCACAUUGUAUCCAAUGUUUUACUUAGGACAAGGCUGGCAGAAAGCAGAGCUGGUGUAACAGGUUUCCAACCAGAAUUCCGCACACUGAAGCUGACUUCUUGUCAGAUGAUAACAAUGCCUCGUAGCGAAUGUUAUGUACACCAAACAACAAUGUGGAUUCUUCAUUACCUGGAAACUUAUUCAUGGGAUGCAAAAGCACUUGUUGCUCUAGCUGCUUUCACUUUGGAAUAUGGAAGAAGCCUUUUGUACCUCACUGAUACUUCAAUUUCAGAUAAACUUGUUAACCCUUUGAAACAGCUGAAUCAAAUUCAAAACAGAAAGGUCACUGCUCCGGUUACAGAUUUGGUGGGUUUGAUAAUGGAAGUGUUUCUGCAUAUUCAUGAGUGGGCCGCGUGGUCUGGUGUUGGUUAUGACACUCUUGAAGUUCCUUCUUUGUCUGAUGCAUUGGAAGAUAUCUCUGUUGCUGUUUAUUGGAUAAUUUCCUCUAUUGCUGCUGUAGAUUUGGUUGUAAUGUUUUUUAUGAACAAUGCUAGCGAAAUAUGUCCUUUUUGA